GAAGGCGCUAUGUAUAACAGCGUGAGGCAAAACUGAGGAAUUUGGAGGUUCGUGUAUGGGUUGUGGACAGAGGAUUUUAGAAGCGGGCAUUGGAAUGUGAAGGGAGCCAAGCGAGGAGCUGAACGGGGCAAUCAGUGAAUAAAAGGCAGUGAGUGCGGCCGGAGGUUGUGAUCUACUCUCUCUGUGGCGGCCAACACGCGUACAUAUGGGUGUCGGGGCUCAGGUCACCGAGGCGGAACUGCUGCCGACCGAGGCGGAGAAGAGGAGACGGAAGAGCGAGCGGGGAGCCGAGGCUUCGGGCACAGAAUCCCGCUCCCCGCCCCGGGGCAGGGAGACCUGGAGCCGUCGGCUGGAGUUCACGUUGGCCUGUGUCGGCUGUGCGGUGGGGCUGGGCAACGUCUGGAGGUUCCCUUAUCUGUGUUACAGGAGCGGGGGAGGUGCCUUCCUCAUCCCAUAUAUGGUCAUGGUCUUGCUGUGUGGGAUCCCACUGCUCCUCAUGGAAUACACCAUCGGACAGUAUACAAGCUUGGGACCUGUCCAUGCCUUGGCUAAAAUCUGCCCUCUCCUGAAAGGUGUCGGCAUGGCAACGGUUGUCAUUUCAUUCUUGCUCUGUACUUAUUACAAUGUUAUUAUCACCUGGGCUCUGUACUACCUCUUCAACUCCUUUCGGUCGACAUUACCCUGGCAAAGCUGCAACAAUACAUGGAACAUCGUGGAAAAUUGCUCUGCUGGAUUUCCUGGGAAUGCCACCCACCUCAAAUCUGCCAGUCAACAAUUCUUUGAUUACAGGUUGCUGGAGAUGAGUAAUGGCAUUGAAGAGCUUGGCAGCAUCCGAUGGAACCUAUUUGGCCUCCUUAUCUUAGCUUGGAUCAUUGUUUAUUUCUGUAUAUUCAAAGGAGUUAAGUCAACUGGAAAGGUGGUGUAUUUUACAGCUAUUUUCCCAUACCUCAUCUUAAUGAUCCUGCUGAUCAACAAUGUCCAACUACCAGGAGCCAAGGAUGGAAUCCUCUUCUUCCUCACACCCAACUGGAGCAAACUACUGGAAGUCCAGGUAUGGGUGAAUGCUGCUGCACAGAUUUUUAACUCGCUUGGAAUUGGGUUUGGCAGCAUGUUGUCUUUGGCCAGUUACAACAAGUUUAAUAACAACAUCCUCAAGGACACAGUUGUUGUUGCAGUGAUAAACUCGGUCACAAGUAUCUUUGCAGGAUUGGUGAUUUUCUCUGCCAUUGGAUACAUGAGCUACCUGCACAAGCUGCCUGUUGAGAACAUUGCCACUGAUGGCCCAGGACUAGUGUUUGUCGUUUACCCUGAAGCAUUUGUAACCAUGCCCAUUGCCUCGAUGUGGGCCACUUUCUUCUUCUUCAUGCUCCUCUGCUUAGGAGUGGAUAGCCAGUUUGCCAUGGUGGAGGUGAUGGUGGUCAGUCUAAUGGACAGUUGGGGAAAGAACCUGCUUCGUUUUUUUAGAUGCAAGGAAAUGGUGGUUCUUGCUGUCUGUUUUGUAGCCUUUUUGCUUGGGAUUCCCAAUGUCACUGAGGGUGGAAUUUAUUUCUUCCAACUAAUGGAUCAUUACACAGCCGUAGUGUCUCUCAUGUUCCUGGCUUUCUUCGAAGUCAUCGCCAUUUGUUGGUGUUAUGGUGUCCACAGAUUAUCUGCCAACUACAAGGAGAUGCUGGGAGCUCCUCCAAAUUUCUUUUUCAAGCUCUGCUGGUGCAUUGUUUCUCCGCUACUUGUCACAGUUAUCCUGGUGUCCAGCAUAGUCCGCUACACUCCUGCCCAAUACGGUAAAACAUACACAUAUCCACCUUGGGCUGAGAGGCUGGGCUGGUUCUUCUCCCUCUGUUCGAUCAUCUGGAUCCCACUUGCAGCUGUGCACACCUUGUACACCAGCAAAGGCUCAUUUAUUCAGCGUCUUCGAUCUUCAUUAUCUCCAGUCAAUGAGGUGAUGCCAGCAGGAGGGCAGGACCAAGUGGUCAAACUAAAGCCUGAAAUAGACAAGCCUCCAUGUUCCUACAUCCACACUGACAACAUUAACCUUGCUGAUGAAACCAUAAUGUGAUUUUAUUUUUCAAGUGAGAGAAAUUUUAUGGGUGAGGUGUUGGGAGAACUGGUUUUAUGGAGUCGUAUUUUGCUUUCAGUAGCAACACUGAAAACAAAAUGUCAUGUUGUGACAGACUUUCACCUUCUCAUUUUCAUUGUGUAUAAUUAGCCAUUCGGUACCUGUGUGAAAAUAUUUCCAGGGCAUUAGGUAACUUUGGCAGUGAGCUUAGUUGGUGGAGUAGGGAACAGUCAAUGCCAAAGAAUGGGGAGCAUCCACAACGUCUGGUGAAACUGUUGGCGCUGGAAUUAUUUAUGAAAAGUUGUAUUUAAAAUGAUCAUAUAAAAUGUGCAGAUAGAAUUAAAGCCUCUUGACUUGCAUCACCACAAAAGACCACAGUCACCACCGUGAACAGUCCUGCCACCUGCUUUGAAUAAUGAAAAAUUCACUAAAAGACAUGCUCCAAAGAAAGGAAUCUACAAUCAACAGAUAUAAGAGAUCUUUAUUAGUCACAUGUAUGUCAAAACACAGUGAAAUGCAUCUUUUUGCCUAGUGUUCUGGGGGCAGCCUGCAAGUGUUGCUAUGCUUCUGGUGCCAACAUAGCAUGCCCACAACUUCCUAACCUCUACGUUUUUGGAAUGUGGGAGGAAACCAGAGCACCCGGAGGAAACCCACGCAGACACGGGGAGAACGUACAAACUCCUUACAGACAGUGGCCGGAUUUGAACCCAGGUCGUUGGUGUGGUAAAGCAUUACGCUAUGAUUGAAUUUCCAUGCAGUAUGUAAUGUGUUAAGUAGAAUUGUAUAACUUGCCAUUUUUUUAUUGAAGCCUUGGUGAAAACACUUGAACACUAUCAGUUCCCUAUUGAUUUGCCAUUAUUACUGGCUAUUUUCUCCUGCUGCCUCAGAAAUAUGCAUCUAAUGCUGCUGUGCAUGAUGGUUUAGAAGUGUUUUCACUGACUGUCAUUAGGGAGAAGCAACCACACAGAAGAACCAAUCUCUAAUGUUAACUGAUGCAGCCCAGAAUUACUGGUUUCAACACUCCUGAUUUCAGCCAGUGUUCCCGCUUCAUGCUACAGUCCAGCAACUCCACUGCCAGAGGGUUAAGCAUUUUGUUUAGAAUGAUGCAGUCUUGCUGAAUACCAGAGGUGAUUUGGCACCCAGUGAAUUAAAGCUCAUAGGAAGUUAACACCCUGAGGAGAAGUGGGGUUCAUUUCUCCUCAAGCCUUCAUUUCAUUGUGAUCCUGGUUCCCCAGCUGGAGUCUAGUUGGGGGAGGGAAUGAGUCUGCAGAUGCUGGAACCUAGAACAAAAACUGAACGUGGGAAGAACUCAGUAGGUCAAGCAGCAUCUGUGGAGGCAAAAGGUGUAAGUCGACAUUCCGGCUCGAGACACUACAUCAGGACUGAGGAGCAGGAGGAAAGAUUUCCAGUAUAUAGCUUGUAGGAAGGGGGGUGAGGCUGGUAGGUGAGAGAUGGAACCAGAUGGGAAGGGGUUGAAGGGCAAAUGGAACCAGGGUGGGUGGGGGGGGGGUGGUUGAUGGUGGCUGGUAGGAGAUGGGUGGAGCUAGAUGAGGAGAAGAUGAUGGGCACAUGGAACCAGGUGGGGGAAGGGAUGAACAAAGGGAGAAAAAAACUAGGUGGGCAGGUGAGUGUGUGUGGGAGGAGAGCGCUGGGGGUGUGGGUUACCUGUAAAUGAAAAAUUCAGUAUUUGUACCAUUGGGUUCUAAGAUACCCAAGUGGAAUAUGAGAUGCUGUUCUUCCAAUUUGCUCUUGCCCUAUCCACAGCAAUGAAGAAGGCUGAGGACAGAUGGGUCGGUGUGGGGGUGGGAAGGGGAGUUAAAACGACAUGCAACUGGAAGCUUAAGAUAGUCAUCGCAGACAGAGCACAGGUGCUCCGCAAAACAGUCACCUAGUCUAUGGUUGGCUUCACCAAUGUAGAGAAGGCCACAUCAGGAGCACUGAAUGCAAUAGACCAGGUGGGAAGAGGUGCAUUAGCACCUCCACCUCAUCUGGAGGGGCUGUUCAGGCAGGGGAGUGAAAGAACAGGUGUCACAAUUCGGUUGCAAGUGAAAGUGCCAGGGAUGAGGAAGGAUGGGUGGGGAAGGUUGACCGGAAAAGGGAGUCGCAAAGUGAGUGGUCUCUAUGGAGAGGAGAGGAGAAGAUGUGAUUGGUGGUGGGAUUGUUGUGGAGCUGGCGGAAAUGAAGAUGUUUUGGGUGCGGAGGCUCAUGGUGAAAGGUGAGGACCAGGGGAACUCUAUUGUUGUUCUGUCUGUGGUGGGGCAGACAUGCUGGUAAUGGAGGAAGCACGUGUGAGGGCUCCAUCGACUACGGCAGAGGGAAAGCAACUCUUCUGGAAGAGGGAGUACGUUGCAGAAGUUCUAGAGCAGAAUGCCUCAUCUUGAGAAUAGAUGUGACAGAGGUGGAGAAGUGGCAUCCUUACAAGCGGCAGGGUAGGAGGGGGUAUAGUUGAGGUAGCUGUGGGAUUUGGUGGGUUUGUAAAAGAUGUCAGUGGCAAAUCUGUCUCCUGAUAUGGAGAUUCAGAAAAGGAAGAGAAGUGUUGGAGUGGGCCCAGGUGAAUUUGAGAGUAGGGUCGAAGUUGGUUAUGAAGGGGAUGAAAUUCCAUGAGUACGGGGAGCAACACCAAUGCAUUUGAUGUAGCAGAGAAAGAACUGGUGGGGUGGUGCUGGAAUGGGUUUUGAACAAGGACUGUUGCACAAAGCCAACAACAAGACAGGCGUGGAUGGGGCCCGUGUGAAUGCCCUUUGCUACCUCUGAUUUGUAGGAAGUGGGAGGAAUCUAAAGAGCAUUUGUUGUGGGUUGUGGAGCUUACUUGCUCUGUCUACAAAUGUGUUUUCUUGUGGUUGCCAUAUUGGUAACGUAUAAAAUGAGAAUCACCAACUUUUUCAAAAAACAUUUUAUUAAGCCCCUAAUUUCACAAUAAAAACAGAAAAGACUGUAAAUUCUCAGCAAAUUGGGCAGCAUCUGUGGAGAGCAAAACAAAGUUAAUGUUUCAGUUUGCUAACCUUCUGUGAGGGAAUCGACUUGAAUCAUGACAGUCUCUUUCUCCACAGAUGCUGCCUGACCUGUUCAGUGUUUCCAACAUUUUCUAUUACUUCAGGAUCUCCAGCAACCUUUUGUAUCAUAAACCCUUUAAUAUCAAUACUACUGUAUUUUAAAAAAAAUUGCUCCAUAAGGUUGCUGAAUAGUUUAUGGUCAGGAAACUCGAGAAAUUUUGUCAGUAUCAGCAAUGUUGGUUAUUUUUGGAUGGGAAUGAAGCAAGUUGGUUAUUUUGGAAGUUCUCUUCAAUUACAAACUAACUCCAAGCAUGUUUAAAGUGACUUUAUUUACAUUUUCUAUUCCUUUACAUUCCAGAACAAAACUGACCUCCAGUGGAGUGCUUUGUUUAUAGCCACAUGUAUACCAUGUUAGUAGUUAUGCAUGUAAAUAUAUAAUGAAUUGUAUUUUUGUUAAAGGUUCUUUUCCAAGCUACAUUUUGUGGAUAUGUGGUUGUUAGCGGCUGUUUCAGGGAAGUGCAGUUGGCAGCAACUUACUUUCAUUAAGUUGCAGUGUGAUCUAUCUACAUCAAGUUUAAAGACCCACUGCCUGACCUGUACGACCUCUGUACAAACUCGUCCACCCCUGCCUUUCUGCUACAGUCAGCUCCAGAGACAUGAGAGAUGCUAAACAAUUUUGGAGAAAGACCAGGAUUGGGAAAAGUCCCAGGAGAGCCGAGGAUCACAACACUGGGGACUUGUUAAGCUGCCGUCACUCAUUGCACCAUUAUCCUCCAGCUGCAGCUUGUCAAGCUCCCUCCAAAGAAUCCCAACAUACUGUACUUAGUAGUUCCAGAAGAAAAUAACCCCCUUACAGUGUUUCACCUGACAUCUUUGCGGCUGCCUGUUUUAUACCAGUGUUUACAUCCAUUGCAGGAAAACCUUUCUCAAUUACACUGAGCUUCUACCCUUUGUGGAUUUUAAAGGGUGACCGGAUGCCCCAGACAGAAUAAUCCUAACUCUAACCCUUGUGGUGCAGCAAUCAAUGACCAUCCUUCUUGCAUUCCUUCACAUACCCUUAGGACUUUAAUGUUCAACAUAUACCCGAUUUUAUAUUUGGAUCACUUCAUCUUCUCUAAAGACCCACAAGAUUAGUAAUUAAUCUCUUAUUGCAGAAUAAUAGAUCUAAAGUAGGCUGUUGCUAUGUUGGUUCCUCAAGAUACUUGUCUAGAAAACUAUCUCAUACACUCCAUGAAUUUGUGGUCUGCUCUGUUACUGUUGAUUAAAGUCCACCAUGAAUGAUUACUGCAUUACCCUUGUAGCCACAAUCAUGUUGAGUGGUGGAGCAGGCUGAUAGGGCCAAAUGGCUUUUGUUACUCCUAUUUUCUAUUUUUAUGCUAUCUGCAUCUCAAAUUCCCUGAUUUAUAUUACACCCUGUAUUAACAUUACAGUUUGGGGGCCUGUAUGCAAUGCUCAUUGAUCUUUUCCUGACCCUUUUUGUCAUUAUCCACUGUCUCCUCCAAAACUGAUUCUUCUUGAUUUUUGAGUUUUCUCCCUGUGGCCAUUAUCCCUUCUCUGAUUAUCACGGCUACUCCUCCUUUUCUAUUUUGCUCAUCUCUUCCAAAAGUAAUGCUCUCUUUGCAUGACCUGUGAUGGCUAAUAGAUUGUACCCAUUUAUUUCUUUUUGUGCCAUUAAUUCAUCUAUCUCGCUACGAAAGUUGUGUGCAUUCAGAUAAGGAGACUUCAUUUUUGCUGUUUUUUCUCCCCCCUGCUCUCACUCCAGUUGGAAGUGUAAAUUAUGCUCUGCUCCGUCUGACAAACUCUUGGUCAUUAUUAUCCAUUCUGCUAUCUGCACUAUUGCUUUCUUCCUAACUUUAUAAAUUCUUCUCUCCCAGAAUCUUCCAUUCUGCACCUCUGCCUCCCGCUCCUGCAUCACCCACCCCCACCACACCCAUUUAGUUUAAAGCCUUAUCAGCAUCUCUAGUUAUCCAGUUCACUAGGACCCUGGUUCCAAUCUGAUUGAAGUGGGAAGCAAUCCAAAAGAACAACACCAUUUUCCUCACUACUGGUGUCUGUGCUCCAUGAGUUGAAACCCAUUCUUCCCACAACAAUUGUUCAGCCACGUAUUGAAUUCUCUGAUCACAGUCACACACCACGGAGACAGGGUCUUCAGUCCAUUCUAUCCAUGCUGGUCGUCAGGUACCCAUCUAUAUGAAUCCAAUUCUGUCAAUCUGCAGGUACCUCAGUUGUAAUCCAGAAAUAUCACCCUAGUGAUUCUGUUUAUUUUAAUUUGGAUCCAAGCUGCUUGUACCUCUUCAAUGGAGCCACCUCCUCUAUACUUCCUGCCAUUGGUUACCAAAUGGUCCUGGAUUACUGGGUCUUUCUCCAUCCAUCCCAAGUUCACCUCCAGCCCUGAGGAGAUGUCUUUGACCCUGAAACUUGGCAGGCAAGGCAACCUUUGAGCCUCUCACUCAUGGCUGCAAAGAACCAUAUCUAUCCUUGUAACAAUACUGUUCCCUUCACUGCUUUGUUCCAUUUCACUCUAACAACUUGAAAGGCCUCUUUCACUAAGGUACUCAAUCAGUUUGCUCAUCUUCCCUGCGUUCUCUGCUCUCAUCUACACAACUUGCAAGGAUGGUUUGCCUAUUAGAUAAAUGCAAGUGCUGAGGCUCCUCCUGAAAUCUGUCUCGCAGAUAGUCAAACCCUUCCUACCUCUCUUGACUGACUAGUUCUGCAGCACCUAAUCUAAUAUCUGACUGUCUCCUGCUACAAAGUAUCCAGAUUACAUUCCCCCCUCCCCCCCCUUCCUGCUGCAUCACAGUGUCCACAUCUAAGACUCCAGCUCAUCAGCUCUGAAUGGAAAAUUCUCAGAGUGCAAACACUGACUGUAAGAUGUCUGUGCCAUGGAUCACACUGGUUCCCUAUCAGCUCCCACUUACCAUAGCUACAAUACAUCACUUGUCCUGCCCCUAUACAUUUAGUUAAUAGAGUCAUAGAGCAAUACAGCAUGAAUACAGGCCCUUCGGCCCAACAACUCCAUACUGACUGCGGUGCCCACCCAGCUAGUCACAAUGUUCAGCCAUAUCCCUCUAAGCCCUGCCCCUCCAUGUACCUAUCUAAGUACUUCUUAAAUGAUACUCUAAUCUAUUUAAAUCUUCAUGAAGAUAGACUUACCCUUACAUCACUGAAGUCCACACACUUAACAUGUUAUGCCUUAACAGAACCAAAAGCUUAUAUUCCCAGGUUCCAUGAGUUCUGAUUAAACUAACUUCAGUUAAUGGGUUCCAGCUAGUUACCUAAUUACCUGGCAGUAUACAGGCUAAUUAUUUACCACAUUACACCACAUGUUUAUCACUUCAAAUGAAAAUGAGAUGGUUAAGAUAAUAGUGUAAGUAAAAUUAAGCAAUUAAAUAAUUUUUUUAAAAAUCACACUCUUACUCACCAAAGACUUAUUUAUAUUUCAGACAGGAAGUAGUGUUUUCUCAGUAGUUUACACUUAGUUAAGGUGUAUUUCUCUUGUACACUUGAACUUCUCAGCUGAUGGUGAUACUAACGCUGUACGUGAAACUUACAUGGGUGGUACAAGUGUGGUGGUGGCUGCAAUGCAGGAGCAAAUUGAACAAAAAUGGGGUGUGAGCAGUGAAGAGAUUCUGCUAUUGCCAAGUGGUUAUGAAGCAGGACUUGUUAUUGAAGCACGGAUGCUUGGAAGAGAAGAUUUAAUUUGGCACCCCAGAGAGAGACUGUUCAGGCCUGGAUUGCAGAGUUGUUUGGUGGAGAUCUGUUUGGUUAAUGUACUGUAAAAUGUACCUACAAUAAUAUGUUUAAUGUUGAGGUAAUCAUUUUGUCAAUUUUAACAAAUAUUUUUAACGUACUUUUUAUAAGCUGUGGU